GUAGUGAAAUGGUACAGACAGUACGGGCAGUGCAGCAAAGCCAGGGAAUCUGUCAUACUGUCAAAGUGUGUUGGUAAUGGUGGCGAAGCACAUCUGACGUUAAGGAGUAUGCGACGUGAGUUCCAUAUACGUCAACGAUCAGGAGCAGAAGUGUCCAAGAAUCUGGUGGUUAAAUCACGCAGCACAUCGCACAGAAAGGAACAUCGCUAAAUAAUGUCUUCACCCAGUGCAGGCAAAAGGCGAAUCGACACAGACAUUAUUAAACUUAUAGAAAGUAAAUUGGAGGUAACGUUCCUGUCAGGUCUGAAUGAAUUUUGUGUUAAAUUUAAUGGGCCGAAAGGAACACCGUACGAAGGUGGAAUAUGGAAUGUACGUGUUCACUUACCUGAACAGUAUCCUUUUAAGUCGCCUUCAAUCGGUUUCAUGAAUAAAAUUUAUCAUCCAAAUGUAGAUGAAUCGUCCGGGACAGUCUGUCUGGAUGUAAUUAAUCAGGCAUGGACAGCUCUUUAUGACUUGUCAAAUAUAUUCGAGUCAUUUUUGCCCCAGUUGCUCGCGUAUCCCAACCCAACAGAUCCUUUGAAUUCUGAUGCAGCUGCCUUGUAUUUACACAAACCAGAUGAUUAUAAGAAGAAAGUGCAAGAAUAUGUUCAGAAAUAUGCUGCAAAACAUGUAUUUAAAGAUCAGGACAGUAAUGAUGAUUCAUCUGAUUCUGAAUCAUCCAUGACUGACAACACAGAGGACGAACUGAGAGAUAUGGACUUAUGACAUUCAUAUUUGUUAGGUUUCAAGAACUUUCUAUGGAACUUUUGUUACGUAGUUUAGUCAUCUCUGUUUCGGAAAAAAAACUGAGCGUAAGAUGUGAUACUUCAAGAAAACGCUAGAUGUCACUGUGUUACUUAAUACGAUGGAAAACUAGUCGACUUUAUUCUUCGACUUAACGUGUGUUAAACAUCGAUAAACAAGAGUGCGGCGGGGUUUUCUAAUUGCGGGGCCCCAGUGAACUUGUAAAAACCGGUGUAAAUUUGUGUCCUAUAAAACAAGACGCGGCUGAACGUGUUCGGCGUUCCUGUCAGGAGCCUUCUGAGAAGCCCUCGUAAGGAUUUGCUCCCCGAGCGGGAGCCACCUGGCGGGAGCCUCUCGACCUGUUUGUUCGGAAGAGGCUGGACGAUCAUCAUGUUGCGGGCCUUGUUUUUGGUGUCGCUGCUCGCACUUCUCAGGGUGUGGAUGGUGCGUGGGCAGCAAGGGUACUAUACAAUUGUUGCACCAAAGGUUUUGCGUCCUAACUCUGAAUACCAUGUUGCUGUGAGCACUCAGUUUGUAUCGGAGCCAUGUGAUAUAGUGGUAACUGUUGGUGGAAAACAAGAUGUGGGCAGCAACUUUGUAACAAGCCAGAUGAUAACCGUGGAGCCGUACACCACCAGGAUUGUGAAGCUGGAGAUAGGAGACUUGGGAAGUGGCAUUUACAAACUCAUAGUCAAAGGAGAGAAAGGACUGGUGUUUGAAAACUCAACAAAUGUUGAUUACAUUCAUAAAAGUUAUUCAGUAUUUAUUCAGACUGAUAAAGCAAUUUAUAAACCUGGUCAUAAAGUGAUGUUUAGAGCAAUAGUCCUAAAUUCACACCUCAAACCAAGUGUUACUGGAGCCCUUGAUAUAUAUAUUACUGAUGGAAGGGGCAACAGAGUUAAGCAGUGGAGGCGUGCCCUCACAACAAAGGGUGUGUUCUCAGGAGAGCUGCAGCUGUCUGAAUCUCCAGUUCUUGGGGACUGGAAUAUUGUUGUCAAUGUACUGGACCAGACUUUCAGUAAAACCUUUCAAGUUGCUGAAUAUGUUCUACCAAAAUUCGAGGUCACAAUUGAUGUGCCCCCAUAUGUUACCUUCAAGAAUUCCAAAGUGGCAGCUGUUGUGCAUGCAAAGUAUACAUAUGGAAAGCCUGUGAAGGGAGAGGCAACUGUCACUAUGUAUCCAAAUUAUUUCUCAUCAAUUUUACAACCAGCAUUUCAGAACCCUGUGCGAAAAGUUGUGACAAUUGAUGGCAAAGCAGUGGUGGAAUUUGACCCUGCAAAGGAGCUAAAUCUAAAUGAUGAAUAUGCUAGAAAUGUCCAGUUUGAGGUUGCUGUUGAGGAAGCUUUGACUGGAAGGAGGCAGAAUAACUCAGCACAAGUGACAGUACACAAGUAUAUGUACAAGAUGAACCUUAUUAAGACAUCAGAGUGCUUCAAACCAGGCCUCAAGUACACAGGAUAUGUUCAGCUUGUGUACCAGGAUGGAAAACCUGUCCGGGAUGAAAAGAACCCAGUCAAAGUUAGUUACAGAUUUUCGCAUGGUGAGAACUUCACGGAAGAAUCAUUCAAGUUAUCACCAGAUGGUAUGGUGACACUUGACUUCUUCCCAGAUAAAAAUGCAACAGUUCUUGAAAUUAAAGCACAAUAUCUCGGCAUGGAGGAAUGGUUCUCAUCCAUUUUACCUGCAAAUUCACCAAGUAAUACAUUCAUUCAAGCAGUUGUGAAGACAGAACAUCCAACUGUGAACGAUUAUGUACAAGUGGAGAUAAAUUCAACAGUGCCUCUCAAGUACUUCAGCUACCAGAUAAUUGGACGUGGAGAUAUUGUGAUAGCCCGUACAGUACAAGUGUCACAAUCCGUGCCUAUGUUCAAAUUCCUAGCAACUUAUGCUAUGGCACCAACAGCCCAUGUUGUUGUGUUCUAUAUGGCUGAAGAUGGAGAGGUCAUUGCUGAUGCUCUUGAUAUUGAGCUGAAGGGCACUCUUCAGAACUUUGUAACAGUUGAAGCAAAUCCCAAUGAAACAGAACCAGGUGGAACUGUUGAUCUGAAAAUUGAAGCCAAGGCUAACUCCUAUGUGGGCCUGUUGGGAAUAGAUCAGAGUGUUUUGCUCUUGAAAGGAGGACAUGACAUCACAGAGGAUGAUGUACUGAAGGAGCUACACUCAUAUGAUGCCAGUACAAAGUCGCCAUACAUUGAUGGUUUAAGGGAUAAAAGGUCUCUGUUUUGGCGACCAGGUUCCUCUGAGGCAAAGGAGAUAUUUGAUAAUUCUGGUGUUGUGGUCCUGACCAAUGGGCUUGUGUAUGAAAACAUGGUGGACAUCUACUACAGAUCCGGUGUUGCUGAUGAUUUUAUGUUAGACAAUGAAGAGUCAGCAGUAGAUCUGGCCCCGUUACCCAGUAUGGUAUCUGGCGAUGAGGGAAUCAGAGUUCGCAGCCACUUCCCAGAAACCUGGAUUUGGGAAAUGCUAGAUGCAGGGCCAAGUGGAAAAACUUCAUUGAAAAGUAAGGUUCCUGACACCAUCACAUCUUGGAUUCUCACAGCCUUUUCAGUAGACACAUUGUUUGGACUUGGUCUGAUAGAAACUCCUCGAAAGGUGCGAGUCUUCCGGCCAUUUUUCAUCUCUAUCGAUCUGCCAUAUUCUGUCAUUCGUGGUGAGAUUGUAGCAAUACCUAUAGUUGUCUUUAAUUACAUGGACAAGGAUGUUGUAGCUGAUGUUACACUCGAGAAAGUCGAGCUUGGUACCUUUGAAUUUGCUGAAGUGUCAAAUGAGGUCACCUCUGUGAAUAAGGUGGAAUUGUAUCGUAAGAAGCAAGUUACGGUGAAAGCCAACAGUGGUUCUUCAGUAUCAUUCAUGAUAACACCUAAGAAACUGGGCCACAUAACAAUUCAAGUAAAAGCCAAGUCUCCUUUGGCUGGUGAUGCAGUGUCGAGGCAACUGUUUGUUAAAGCUGAAGGGGAGACACAGUACCGAAAUAAAGCAUUCUUCAUUGAUCUCAGAAGCACCAACAGUCACAAAACCAAUGUCACAUUAGAGAUUCCUAGAAGUUCAGUUCCAGGGUCAGAGCAAAUUGAGGUUUCAGCUGUCGGUGACAUAUUGGGACCUAGUAUUUUCAAUCUUGACAAGCUCAUUAAGAUGCCAUAUGGCUGUGGUGAGCAGAAUAUGUUGAAUUUUGUACCCAACAUUGUUGUAAUGGAAUAUCUCAAGAACACAGACCAGCUGACACCUGCUGUCGAAACCAAAGCUUUGAAACACAUGGAAAAAGGCUAUCAACAAGAGCUUACAUAUCGCCGUGAUGAUGGUUCCUUCAGUGCAUUUGGCAACAGUGACCAGCAUGGAAGCACAUGGCUGACAGCUUAUGUAACGAAAUCAUUCAGUCAGGCAAUGUCAUAUGUGCCUGUGGAAGACAGAGUGAUAGAAGAGGCUUUGCGAUGGCUGUCAAAUAACCAGGCUUCUGACGGCAGCUUCCCAGAAGUGGGCAAGGUCAGCCACAGUGCCAUGCAGGGUGGUGCAGCCAAGGGCCUGGCUCUUACAGCAUACACUCUCAUUACAUUCCUUGAGAGCCAGCAGAGAUACAGGCAGAUGUACCACAACACCAUCAACAAGGCAGUGGAGUACAUUGUGCGGAACAUAGAUAGCAUCAAUGACACUUAUGCCAUAGCUAUAACAGCAUAUGCACUCCACCUUGCUGACCAUACUGCCAAGGAUGCUGCCUUCAACAUUCUAGAGAGUAGGGCUAAGACUGAAGGUGACAUGAAGUGGUGGAGCAGAUCCCUUGGUGAAGAGGAUGAGAAAAACCCAUGGCAUAAUCUACCCAACUCUGUAAAUGUUGAAAUGACAUCUUACGCUCUUCUAACGUACUUAUUGAACAAUCAUGUUGCGGAUUCUUUCCCAAUUUUGAGAUGGUUGGUUUCACAACAGAAUGAAGAGGGUGGAUUUUCCUCUACACAGGACACUGUUGUCGGCCUUCAUGCGCUGGCUCAACUGGCACAGCACAUCAAUUCCCGCUCAACUAGUAUGGCAGUAAAUAUUACAUACCAAAAUGGUGGAUCAGUAAUCUUCAAUAUUAAUCGCCAGAAUUCAAUGAUUCUCCAAAAGCAUGAGCUGUCGUCAAAAGUACGGGAAGUCAACAUCACAGCAACUGGAACAGGAUUUGCCAUUGUGCAGGUGUCUUACCGCUACAAUGUUAAUGUGACUGGUGCAUGGCCGCUCUUCACAUUAGACCCACAGGUUGACAAAAACUCAGACCGGAAUCAUCUGCAGCUUUCGAUAUGCUCAGCGUUUGCUGCUGGACAGUCUGCUAACGAAAGUAACAUGGCUGUUAUGGAAGUGUCAUUGCCCUCUGGCUUCACCGUUGAUUCAGAUUCACUACCCAGCCUGGAAGUUUCACAGAAUGUGAAGAGAGUUGAGACCAAAGAUGGGGACACUGUUGUUGUUCUGUAUUUUGACAAGAUGACAAGACAGGAGUAUUGUCCCACCAUAUCUGCUUACCGAACUCACAAAGUGGCUAAGCAGAAACCAGUUCCUGUAUCUAUUUAUGAUUAUUAUGACUCUUCUAGACGUGCUAGAGUAUUUUAUGAACCAAGAGUAGCAACACUGUGUGAUAUCUGUGAGGAUGAAGACUGCGACUCAGUUUGUUCAAGUAAAUCGAGUGGUCGUAGUGGAGGGAGUGACGGCAGUGCCGGGUCGGCAGCACCUGUGCCGUUGCCAAGUCAUCUACUUGUGCUGCUGAUGUUCGCUGUUUGCUUGCCUGUGGGCUUGGCUACACAGCACUGAUUGUUUUGUCUAGGCUCGUAUGAUGGGUAAAACUUCAUACAAGCUGCUGACACAUAGAGAGACUGAAACUGUUUGUAAAAGAGAUGUACAGUGGACUGAGUACAUUACUAAAUUAUAUUUUGCUCAGUGCUUUGAGACAUUCUGAAUUAUUAACAUUGUUCUGUGUAAUCAGUGAUAAGUAUGCUUUGAUGUUGUUGAAAAUAGAAUCUGUGGAUUUACAAAUAACACCCAUUAAAAUAUGGGAUAACAACAAUUUAAUUUACUGUGAUUCAUUUUAAAACCCUUAAUUCCAUGGAAGAUGAUUCAUAAUAUUAUGAUAUUUAUCACUAUAUUCUUGAGGUCUACAAUUAAGAGUGCAAUAAAACCAAAUUUCAGUGUGUGUGUGUGUGUGUGUGUGUGUGUGUGUGUGUGUGUUUGUGUGUGUGUGUGUGAGAGAGAGAGAGAGGGGGGGGGGGAGGCGGGUGCCAGAUAGAUACUUAAAAUAAUAUUUAACUUAACACAGAGCAAUAUACUUGGUUCUUCUUAUGUAGACAUCAUAAUUAUGAGUGAGUAAGUGCUGGAUAGUUCUGGUUACAAGAAUGCAAAUUGUGUCCACUGGCAAUGCUGUGUGUGUUCUUAUUCUAAACUGUAACAUUUGUGUGAUGACAUUUACCAGUCACAUAUCUGCAUUGCCUGGACAGUAAUGAUGCAAUUUGCUGUUGAAAUAAAAUAUGUAAACUACUCAAAGCUAAUUGUGAUAUGUAACAAAGCUGCUUUAACACACUUGUUAUGUAGGAAGAUUGUGAUGUUCCUUUGUGUUUUUUGAACAAUAUUUUUUUUGUUUAUAUAGUUUUGAAAAAUUAAUUGGAUGAUUACUUUGAAAUCAGUUUUUGAGAUGAGUGAUAUGUAUAUUUGUUAAUAACAAGAUUGUAACAUAUAAAUAAAGUUUUGAAUUUUUUGUA